AUGGCCCUGGCGGAUCACAACAGACGUGUCCUGAAGAGCAACAUCGGCUACGAACGGUCAAACAUCUGCCAGAUCCGAAGAUGUCCCAUCAUAAUCGACCCCGCAAGGAAAAUCGGCUUCUGCUUCAUCAACAAGGUUGCAUCCACCACAGUUAAGACCAUCUUCGGCCUCCUCCUCAACAUCAGCAACAUGGCAAACACAAGAGACAGCUUACACAGGGCAUUUCAUGAGCAGGUCCGCACAGUCUCACCCAUGACGUUCCUACAAAGAAGCAACGAGGAGCACUACACAACCGCCAUGUUCGUGAGGCAUCCCUUCGAGAGGCUAGUAUCCGCUUACACGGACAAGGCGCUGGGCCCACGUACUCGCAUUGUCUAUUUUUACAACCGGUACUGGAACGACGUACCUGGCGUCAGGGCGACGGGCCGGAACUUGACCUUCCCAGAGUUCAUUGAUUACGUACUGAAUCAGACAGUGAACCAGAUGAACUCUCAUUGGGCUCCGUAUUACGUGACGUGCCAGCCUUGUACAGUCAAGUACGAGGUCGUCGGAAAGCUGGAGACAGCAAGCAGGGACUUUGCGCUGUUCUUUGAAGCGCUGGGUGUUCGGCCGGGAGACAUUCCGCAGAAAAACAAGGGUAGCGACUGCGGGUUAUUCCGCAAGUCCGCCCGAGACUUUUUUAAAGAGCUCACUUUCAAUCAGGUGAUGCGUUUAUAUGAGCGGUUCUUCUUUGAUUUUGAGAGGUUCGGGUACGACUUCAGGGAAUAUCUGCAGUGA